AUGAACACAAGUGUCGAUGAUCUCCUUAAGGAAAUAGACAAUGAAUUGGAAAAUACAAUAAAUAAUAUUUACCAAACAAACCAAAAAAAGGAUGCUCGACCAGAAAAAAGCAAUCAAGAACAAAUGUCAAAACGAAACUUAAAGCAAGGAAGUUUCCUAAUACCGCUUCAAGAAAUAGGGGAAGAUACCAUGGAUAUGAUAGUAAAACAUAACACAAGAAAAAAUUCAAUUGUUAAAGCUUAUUCUAAUAAUCCCACUACUGAUGUUUCCAACACCUCUUUCAAUGAGAAAAGAAAAUCAAUCACAUUCAUGGAUGACAUGAACCAAAAGAACCAAAUUAAUGAUUUUCUCACUGAAAAUUUCAAUAAUUCAUUAUGGUCACUUAAGGAUGAGAAAAAUAAUGAUCAACAAUGUAGUACUCGUGGUUUGGUCAUGAUUAAAAAAUUAGAGAAGAAACAUUUAAAAGAAAUAAAUGACGCUCAUACUACUUUAAGUAGAUUAGUUUCAUUGAACCUUGAUAAUAAUAACGAAUUGGAAACUUCUUCUUCUGGGUAUCAAGGUGAUGAAAACGCAACUAUUGACGACCAAAGUAGAAAUACCAACACCAGUACAACCGUGGAUUCCAGUUCUCUUCAUGAUCUAGACAUUAUACCAUCCCAUUCACAAGAUGAGGAAUUCGGAGAUUAUCAAGAUAGUGGAUCGAUUCAUUCUCAUUGUUCUACGUUGAGAAAACGUUACCAAUUUCAAAAGCUCAACGAAUGCAAUAUGAAGGGAGAUAUAAGCAAAGACAUAAGUGGAGAUAAACCUGAAGAUUCCAAUAAUAAAAGUAAUUAUGAUGAACAAUUCACUCAUAAUGAAGUAAGCUCCAAUUCUGAGUCUUUUAAUGAAAACGAAUUGGAAGAAAAAGGUAGUAGUAGAAACUUGGAGACAGCUACGAGUAGGAUUGGUUCAUUGAACCUUGAUGUGAAAGCUGUUGCCACUGGUACAGAGAUACCAGUAUUACCAGCUUUACCACAUCUUGAUACAUUAUCAUUUUCUGAUCUACUAAAUAAUAGCAUGGAUAUCAGUAACGAUGUUUCAACAGUGUCAACGGAACCAAAAGAGCCGUUGAAACCCUCCGAUUAUCUCUCCAUAUGGCGUGAUCAAGAACAACUCUUGAAUUCAUCAUUGCCGCAAGAGAAUAUAGGCGGAUUUUCGCCUGUAUUCAGCGUUAACUCUCAAUUCACAGCAUCUACAAACAAUAGUCGUGCAACAUCAAUGUCUUCAAGAUUUAAUACAAGGGUAGUUAGUAAAAGCACAAUUUAUCGUCCACAGGAACGACCAACAUCUUUUAUUCCAAACGAAUUUGCAUUACCAUUGGCCAAAAUUUUGUCCCCAAAAUUUAAAAACGAAGAUGAAACAUCACCUCGCAUAGGUUUUGAGAACAAGAGUAUACCGAAGCUUUUUCAUUCUACACAAUCAGUAUCCACUAAAUUGAAAAAAGCCUACAAUCUCCACAAGGAAGACUCGUCAUUAAAAAAUAAUGUGGCUGGUGAGGUAAAUGAAGCGAAAAUAGAUAGUGAACAAAGUCUUUUCAACAACUUCGUCAAUUCUAGCCCUGUACAAGUUAAUUCUCCUGAUCUGAUUGAUAAAUCAUUAACGUCGUUAAUGACUACCUGGGAUCAUGAAUUGGAAUCAUUCUUAGAAGAAGAAUUGGGUCAAGGAGUGGUAACUUUCUUAAGUGACUUAGAUGAUGCAUUAUUAACAAGCCUCGGAAACAUGGAUACUACAGAAGAAUCAGAAUUAAAACAGACUAGUGUUGACGAAGGCUAUUUGGGGUUAACUGGUUCCGUUCCAAACUCAAUACCAGAUCAAGAACUAUUUACAAUAUUUGAUAAUGAUACUGUGCCGAAGACACCGACAAGGAAAGAAUCUGUUAAGCUCUUUGAUAGUUUCCAUGAAAAUGAUGAAGACAUAAUACUAACUCCUCCCCCCAAAGAAGUCACAAGAUCGCAUGUUUCAAGUCCAUUCAAAGUUGUUCAAAGUAACUAUAUUAAAUCUCAAGAUGAGGAUGAACCAUUAAAAGGUGUAGAUGUGCCAUCAGAAAACAUGAAUGAAGGACAAUCUGGUUUGCCCGAAUUGAAGGUCGAGCCAGAACAAGAUGGAGGAACUGAAGUUAAGAACGUUGAAAAUGUGGAACCAAUGACUCCUCCAGUACCAUUGAAAGAUUUGGGUUAUCUGUAUGUUACCUUGAACAAAAUCUCUAAUUUGGCACUACAUGGUAUAAAACGUCAUAAUGCAAAGUACUCCUUAGAAUUCAAUGCCAAUGGGGAAAAGACGAGAACACCAUGGACUCAGUUACCAAAUGAUGGAAACAUUAGAAUAAGAAAAGAAUUUAGAAUCUUAAUGGAAAAUCAAGACGAGCCAUCUCCUAAAUUAGAAAUUUUAUUGAGAUGUCAGUAUGAAAAACCUAAGAAUGAAUUGGUUGGAGUUACUGAAAAGAUACCUGUUGGCAAGAAAUUCUUAUUUGGUAAAAAGAAAUACAUAUAUAAAAAAAGAUAUAUUGAAAAGGCUCCACCAGUAGAUGAUUGGGAUAAGAUAUUUGGGAAAAAUGGAUCAUUUGCCACUUGUGAGUUAGUUUUGGAAACUAAAAUUUUGGACCAAUGUAAGUUUUCAAAGGUAAUAAAAGUCCAUGAUAUGGUUAACAAAUGGAAUUAUGAAAAGAAUGGCUCCCAUUCUUUUAUGAAGGUGGGGCAUUUAGAAAUGUCACUAUGUUACCUUGAAAGGUCACUGAAUGAGGAAACUUUCCCAUCCUCAUUAUUAGAUGCACAAAAGAUCAUUAAAAGAUAUAACGAAAAACAAAAUAUUCAAAAAGAGGGAUAUAUGUUACAAGAAGGAGGGGACAUAGAAGGGGCAGCUUUACAGAAAAGAUUGUUUAAAUUGCAUGGUACAGAACUUGUCGGUUAUCAUGAAAUUUCUGGAAAACCAAGAAUACGGAUAAAUAUGUUAAAGGUAAAGGAAGUAGUAGGCACUGAUCGAAUCGGAAAAGAUGGGGAAGUCUUUACUAGCACUGCGGAUUCAUUUUCAUUAGGAACCUCUAUUCAAUUAAUUUUCGAGAAUGAUGAAAAAUUAACACUAGUAAGUGAAGAUUCUGACGCUGGCAAAGGAGAUUGGUUUAAUACAUUAUCUCGAGUUGUUAGUUUAAACGCCAGUCAUCAACCAUGGAUAAAAAAAUACGCAUCUCAAUUAGUAAGUACUUAA